AAAAAUCUGUUUCUAAUUUUCCAGAAAACCUUUGAAAUUUGGCACAGUUUUCAAAAGUACGUGGAAAUUUUUUUUUCCUGAGGUUUGGGCUCUGACUGUGAAAGCAGAGCCUGCUAUUUCAGACUCCUCUCACAGAUCCACUGACCAACACCCAGGAGAAAGAAUUUUCAUUCUUUUAGAAUACAUCUGGAAAAAUGAAGACCCAGCUAAAAAUCAUAUCUGGAGUGAUUGUAUGCCUUUUGCUUUCCUCAUUAGUUAUAUGCAUUAUACUACUUCCAGCAAGAGUUCCCAACUCAGAUGACAAUCCUAGGGCUCUUACGUUGGAAGAUUAUUUGAAUGGAAAGUUUCAGUACAAAACAUUUUUUCCAUACUGGAUUUCAAGUCAUGAAUAUCUUCAUCAGACAGCAGAAGAUAAUAUUAUUCUCUAUGAUGUUGAAACUGAGGACUCAACUACCAUCUUGACUAACGACACACUUAGAAAAGUUAAUGCCUCAAACUAUGCAUUAUCUUCUGAUAAACAAUUUAUAGUUCUGGAAAGCGAUCACACAAAGCUUUGGAGAUACUCUUAUACAGCAUCAUACCACAUUUAUGAUCUUCAAUACAGUAAUUUUGUAACAGAAAAUCCACUUCCAAAUAAAAUUCAGUAUAUAUCUUGGUCACCCGUUGGACACAAAUUGGCAUAUGUGUAUCAGAAUAAUAUCUAUUUGAAACAAUAUCCUGAAGAUCGAUCUAUUAAAAUAACUAGUAAUGGAAAAGAGAAUGUAAUAUUUAAUGGAAUUCCUGACUGGGUCUAUGAAGAGGAAAUGCUUGCUGUGAAAUAUGCUCUGUGGUGGUCUCCAAAUGGAAAGUUUAUAGCAUAUGUAGAAUUUAAUGAUACUGACAUACCAGUUAUUGAAUAUUCAUAUUAUGGUGAGGAUCAAUAUCCUAGAAAAAUAACUAUUCCAUAUCCAAAGGCUGGGGCUAAAAAUCCUACCGUUAGAGUGUUUAUUGUAGACACUACUAACCAUGAAGGUUUAGUUCCUAAGGAAGUACCUGUUCCUGCAGUGAUAGCAUCAAGUGAUCACUAUUUCACUUGGCUCACUUGGGUAACAGAUAAUCGAAUCGGCGUGCAAUGGCUAAAGCGAAUCCAGAAUUUUUCUGUCUUAGCUGUAUGUGACUUCCAAGAAAACUCCAAUUCCUGGUACUGUCCAGAGAAUCGGCAGCAUGUAGAAGCGAGUCAGACAGGAUGGGCUGGUGGAUUCUUCGUUUCAACACCAUAUUUUACUUCAGAUACCACUUCCUACUACAAAAUUUUUAGUGAUAAGGCUGGUUAUAAACAUAUUCAUUACAUCAAUGGCUCAGUGGAAAAUGCAAUACCAAUUACAAAUGGACAAUGGGAGGCGAUAUACAUUUUCAAAGUAAUGGAUGAUGCAAUAUUCUAUUCAAGCAAUGAAUUUGAAGGCUAUCCAGGGAGAAGGAAUAUAUACAAAAUUAGCAUUGGAAGCAAUCCUCUAAGGAAACAAUGCAUUACUUGUAAUCUAAGGAAAGAAAGGUGCCAGUAUUAUACAGCAAGAUUCAGUGAAAAUGCUAAGUAUUAUGCCCUAGUCUGUUAUGGUCCGGGCAUUCCUAUUUCCACUCUUUUUGAUGGCAGCAAUGACCGAGAGAUUAAAGUCCUGGAAGACAAUUGGGAAUUAGAAUCUGCGAUGGAAAACAUCAGAAUGCCUAAGAUAGACAUUAAUAAACUUGAAGUGGAUGGAAUUACUUUGUGGUACAAGAUGCUUCUACCUCCGCAGUUUGAUAGAUCCAAGAAGUAUCCUCUGCUUAUACAGGUGUAUGGAGGACCUUGCAGUCAGAAUGUAAAGCACACAUUUGGGAUUAGCUGGAUAACCUAUCUUGCAAGCAGAGAGGAAAUUAUUGUUGUUCUUGUGGAUGGCAGAGGAACAGCUUUUCAAGGUGACAAGAUGCUGCAUGCAGUAUAUCGAAAACUCGGAGUCUAUGAAAUUGAGGACCAAAUCUCAGCAGUGAAAAAAUUUAUAGAAAUGGGUUUUGUUGAUGAAAAAAGAAUAGCAGUAUGGGGCUGGUCCUAUGGUGGAUAUGUAACUUCUCUGGCACUUGGAUCUGGCAGUGGAGUAUUUAAAUGUGGAAUAGCAGUGGCUCCUGUCUCCAGCUGGGAAUAUUACGCAUCCAUCUACACAGAGCGAUUUAUGGGUCUUCCAACUGAGUCAGAUAAUCUCAAACACUACAAAAAUUCAACUGUGAUGGCGAGAGCAGAGAAUUUCCGAAACGUGGAAUAUCUUCUCAUCCAUGGAACAGCAGAUGAUAAUGUACAUUUCCAGAACUCAGGCAUCUAGAUAGUAGGUCCAGAGGGAGAAGAGAACAAGUUAUCAGGGAAGCCUAUGCAGGGCAGCAGGGGCAGAGAGAACAGAACAGACAGGAGGGUGGAAAGGAUGAAAGAAGAGCAAAAGGGAGGCCAAAUGGACAAAACAUUUAUUGCAUCCAUGCCAAGCUUUGCUUCUUCUAUACCCUUCAGUCCUGGGCUACUGAAAAAUACACCAGCCUUGUCCCUGUCCUACCUCUGUCCAUGAGCUCCCACACACAUGAGUACACCAGAAACCGCCAUGGCACUUGGGUUUGUGGCACUCCAUAAACGUAUGGACCAUUGUGUGGACUUCAGAUAUCCUGCAUUCCCCACCAAUACAGAAAAAAAUUGCUGGUUCUGCUGUAUUUGCAGAGAAGAGAAGGACCUGGCCUUAAAAAAACAAUACUUUGGAUUUUGGAGUGUCUUUAUGACACCUGGAUGGAAAUAACUUAAGGCAAGUUGUCCAAUUAAAAAUAAGUGAAAAUAAUUGCUGCUGUUCCAAGGUAUAACAUAAUCCCCCUAAGUCACUGUUCUCAGGAUGCUGUAUAUAAUGCCUAUGGCACUGAUAUAAUGCUGAAUAAUUUGGACAGAACUCCACAAUUUUUAGGCAAGGACUGUUUGGUGAGAGUAAAACAUUGCUAGCCAAUGUUUUCUUAACAAUCCUACUGCUAAGAACAUGCAAUACAUGCCAAGGACUCUUGUCCCUGAGGGCCUCUUGAAGUGUUUUUGCUCUGGCUUGAUGCCACUAACUCACCAGACAGCCACUCGGACUGACAAAUCACAGAUUAUUUAGAAACUUUGUUCAAUGAGAAUAUGAAUAUAAUGAAAACUGAUCAAAAAUAAUUAACACGAAAAGAACAAAGAUCUACCAAGUCACUGCCCAUUUGCCUUUGUGAGGCACCUUGCAACCUUAAUGGGGUUAUAAUAAUAAUUAAUAAAGAUCAAGCUUCUGGAUUGUUUAAUUACUGUAGGAUG